GCCAAUUGCAAGCUCCGCGCGCCUCAAAUGCUGGCAUACCGCCGGCUCGGGCUCUUGUCGCCCCUCAACCUUCUACGUCCACAUACUCUGCCAAAAUCGCGAUGCGUGAAGUCAUAUCCAUCCAGGUCGGGCAGGCAGGCGUCCAGAUAGGGAACGCAUGUUGGGAGCUGUACACCCUCGAACACGGCAUCAGCCCGGAUGGCCGACUCGUCGACGGUGUUCACAAACCCGAUAGCGACCCGUCGACCUUCUUUGCCGAGACAGGCUCAGGAAAAUACGUCCCUAGAUCCCUCUACGUCGAUCUCGAGCCUAGCGUCGUUGACACGGUCAAGACAGGCCCGUACAGGGCGCUGUUCCACCCGGAGUCGAUGAUCACAGGGAAGGAGGACGCUGCCAACAACUAUGCUCGAGGACACUACACUAUCGGCAAGGAGUUCAUAGAUCCUGUAUUGGACAGGGUGCGCCGCCUCGCGGAUAACUGCUCAGGUCUGCAAGGCUUUUUCGUCUUCCAUUCGUUUGGCGGAGGCACGGGCUCUGGCUUCGGUGCCCUCCUGCUCGAGAGGCUCUUCCACGACUAUGGCAAGAAGUCAAAGCUGGAGUUCUGUGUGUAUCCCGCGCCGCAGCUCUCGAGCGCAGUCGUCGAGCCGUACAACGCCGUGCUGACGACUCAUGCGACCCUCGAGUUCGCCGACUGCUCGUUCAUGGUGGACAACGAGGCCAUCUACGACAUCUGCAAGCAGAAGCUCGGUGUCUCGAUGCCGAGCUACACCAACCUCAACAGGCUCAUCGCGCAAGUCGUCUCGUCCAUCACGGCGUCGCUGCGCUUCAGCGGCUCGCUGAACGUCGACCUCAACGAGUUCCAGACGAACCUGGUGCCGUUCCCGCGCAUUCACUUCCCCGUCGCGAGUUUCGCGCCGCUCCUGUCCGCGGAGAAGGCGCACCACGAGCAGAACUCCGUCGCGGAGAUGACGUUCUCCGCAUUCGAGCCGGGCAACCAGAUGGUCAAGUGCGAGCCGAAGGACGGCAAGUACAUGGCGUGUGCGCUGCUGUACAGGGGCGACGUCGUUCCGAAGGACACGCAGGCGGCGGUGGGGACGGUGAAGACCAAGAAGACGAUCCAAUUCGUGGACUGGUGCAAGACCGCAUUCAAGCUCGGUGUUUGCAGCCAGCCCGCCGCGACUAUCCCCGGGGGUGACUUGGCGCGCACGACACGUAGUCUGUGCAUGCUCUCAAAUACCACUGCCAUCGGAGCCGCCUGGAGUAGGCUGGACCACAAGUUCGACCUCUUGUACUCCAAGCGUGCCUUUGUGCACUGGUACGUCGGCGAGGGUAUGGAAGAGGGCGAGUUCUCCGAGGCACGCGAGGACCUUGCCGCUCUGGAGAAGGACUACGAGGAGGUCGGCGCCGACACACCCGAGGACGAUGCCGGCGAGGAGUACUAGCGACCUAUACCCCGCUACUCGUCUCGAUGGUCG